UCCUCCUCCCUCAGCAGUGUGCGCCCUCCCCCUCCCUCCUCCUCCUCCUCCCUCCUCAUCCGUGUGCACCUGCCGUUUGGCAGCACUGAGCUUUUGUCUCUGCACGGAGCAACAUCAUGGACGUGAUGGCGAAGAAGCAGCAAGGCGUCGACGUCAAAGGCUUGUUGAAGAGGAACUGGCUUCUUCUGGCCACCAUCGUUUCUGUGGUGCUCGGGAUCGGUUUGGGAGUCUUGGUCCGAGAGUACGCCUCCCUGUCACACGUGGACAAAAUCUACUUUGGCUUCCCAGGAGACAUCCUGAUGAGGAUGUUGAAGCUGAUCAUCCUCCCGCUCAUCAUUUCAAGCAUGAUCACAGGGGUUGCUGCUCUGGACUCAGAGGUAUCCGGGAAGAUUGGCCUGCGAGCUGUUGUGUAUUACAUCUCCACGACCAUCAUUGCCGUCAUUCUGGGCAUCAUUUUGGUGAUAACCAUCAAACCGGGAGUGUCUCAGACGGCCGAGCAGAUCGACAGGACCGGGAUCACGCCCAAUGUCACCACAGUGGACACGCUCCUCGACCUCCUCAGGAACAUGUUUCCAGAAAACCUGGUGCAGGCAUGUUUUCAGCAGUACAAGACUAAACGCAAAGAGCUGGAACCUCCAAAACCUUCAGUCAACGUGACCACAGCCCCGCCCCUCACCAUGACCUCCGCCGCAGUCACAGCCGCUAUAGAGAACGUCACUAAAGACUACACGAUCGUCGGGGUCUACUCCAACGGAAUCAACGUGCUGGGCCUCAUCACCUUCUGCGUGGCCUUCGGCCUGGUCAUCGGGAACAUGGGGGAAAAGGGUCGCAUCCUCCUGGAGUUCUUUGACGCACUGAACGAAGCCACCAUGAAACUGGUUCAGAUCAUCAUGUGCUACAUGCCAGUGGGGAUCCUGUUCUUGAUCGCUGCCAAGAUCAUUGAGGUGGAGGACUGGGAGAUCUUCAGGAAGAUGGGCCUGUACAUGGUGACUGUGCUGAGCGGGUAAGCUUCCCACCUCCGUGCAGUGGC